AUGUACCUGCAAAAGUAUGUGAAAGAACAUACAGGUAAAGAAUUAAGUCUUAUUUUGGAUUGCCGCACACGUUGGAAUAGUCUUCUAUCUAUGAUGGAAAGAUUUUAUAAGCUGAAAGAGUGUAUUGAUAAAGCUUUGAUAGAUGUAGAAUCUGAAAUUAAAUUUAGUGAUAUUGAAUGGUCAAAAAUAAAAGACUUGAUUGACAGUUUGCAGCCAUUUAAAUUGGCUGUAGAGGCCUUGUGCAGAAGAGAUUCGACCCUGUUAACUGCAGAAACAACAUUAAAAUUUGUUUCAGAGAAGUUGCUCACUCAUGACACAGUGUUAAGUAAUGAAUUAUAUGAAGCACUGCAUACAAGAAUUAAAGAACGCCGCACUAUAGUAACAGGAAUAUUGAUAUACUUACAGAAUCCAAAGAAAUAUCUUGAAAAAGUAAACCGAUCUGAUUAUACAUUUACUAUGCCAAAGAAAAAAGUCAUACGAUCAGAAAUGACAAAAAUCUUAGAAAGAGUUAUUCAAGAAGAUACAUCUGAAGAAAUAGUAGAAGAGAACUUAGAUUCACCAUCACUAAAGAAAGAUUUGACAUUACAGGAAGAAUUACAAUUACAAAUCCAGCAAGAAGCCACGUGUUAUAGCGUACAUCCUAAAAAAGAGAAAGAUUUUGAUAAAGUACUAAAAAAAGAAAUGACGACAUUUGAAAGCGAUGGAGUCCGAGGAGAAUACUUGUCUGCUAUUCAUGAUUAUUUGCUGACAAUAAAGCCGACAAGUGUAGAAGCUGAAAGGGCCUUUUCGGCCGCAGGCUAUAUUUGCAGCUCUAUUAGAAUGACACUUGAUUUACUCACUUAUUUUGUACUAAAAAGCGAAAAUCAUCUUGAUUUAAUCAAUCCGGUCGGAUCCCGCCGGAUUGAUGGGAAUCUCUUAGAGUUUUCUCCUCUUGAAGAGCAUUACAGUGUAGAUGAGGCCAUGAUCCCCUACUAUGGUAGACAUGGCUGCAAACAGCACAUAAAAGGUAAACCUAUUAGGUACGGGUUCAAAGCUUGGGUUGGUGCUACACGGUUAGGUAUUGCUUCUAAUGCUGUAGGAAUAAAUCCUAAACAAUCUGCCAAACGCUUCUCACAAAGUGAAAAGAGAAACAUUGUCAUAGAAGAACCACAUAUGGUGUCCAUCUAUAACAAAUAUAUGGGAGGAGUGGAUCGGUCUGAUGAAAAUAUUUCACAUUACCGAAUUGGUAUACGAGGUAAGAAAUGGUACAUGCCGUUGCUCACACACAUGAUCGUUCUUGCCGAACAUAAUGCAUGGCAGUUAUAUAACAUAAAUCAUGGAAAACUGGAUCAUCUUGGCUUUCGCAGAAGGGUAACAAUUGCUUUGAUUGAAUCAAACAGAAAAAAUGCCAAAAGAGGGUCUAGCCGACCCUCCCAUCAUGAACAUGCUGAUAGUCGUAAAGACCAAAUGAAUCAUCUGGUUAUUCCUCAAUCGAAGCAAACACACUGUCGUCAAUGUCACAAAAAAUGUUUGACACGUUGCAAGAAAUGUGAUGUUGGAGUGUGUGUCAAGUGUUUUGAAACAUAUCAUUCAUAA